AUGUCGCGUUACAGAGGGCCUCGUUUCAAAAAAAUACGACGUCUGGGGGCUUUACCGGGACUAACUAGUAAAAGGCCUAAAGCCGGAGGCGAUCUUAGAAACCAAUCACGUUCCAGUAAAAAAUCUCAAUAUCGUAUUCGUUUAGAAGAAAAACAAAAAUUGCGUUUUCAUUAUGGUCUUACAGAACGACAAUUACUUAAAUACGUUCGUAUUGCCGGAAAAGCCAAAGGGUCAACGGGUCGGGUUUUACUACAAUUACUUGAAAUGCGUUUGGAUAACAUCCUUUUUCGAUUGGGUAUGGCCUCGACUAUUCCCCAAGCCCGCCAAUUAGUUAACCAUAGACAUAUUUUAGUUAAUGGUCGUAUAGUAGAUAUACCAAGUUAUCGCUGCAAACCCCAAGAUAUUAUUACAGCGAGGGAUGAACAAAAAUCUAGAGCUCUGAUUCAAAAUUGUCUUGAUUCAUCCCCUCGUGAUGAGGAAUUACCAAAACAUUUGACUUUUCACCCAUUCCAAUAUAAAGGAUUAGUCAAUCAAAUAAUAGAUAGUAAAUGGGUCGGUUUGAAAAUAAAUGAAUUGCUAGUUGUAGAAUAUUAUUCUCGUCAGACUUAA